UCAGCCAUGGCCAUAAUCCAAGCCAGCGCCUUCUACGACCAAGAUUUCGGAGGCCCGUCCUUGCUCCACGCUUCUACAAACUCCUACGAGCCCGAGAGCCCCGAGAAGGCAGCCAAGAUAAGCAACUCCUCCACGGUCUCGAGCCCCAGCAGCACCAACUCAAACUCCGUGAUCACCUUCAAGCCAAACUUCAUCCACGCCAACGCGGGAUCGUUCCCCAGCUUCGACCGAGUGAUGCCAAGGAAAUUAUUGAUAGGGGAUGAAGAGCAAGAUCACUAUCCCCCCAUGUGGGAAGGUGAUCACGAAAUGAUGCAUUAUCUCAGCGCGAAUCAUCACGGGGCGGGGGAGUGGCUCAAUGAUCAUGAGACUAGUGGGGUUACGAAUGGUGGUGUGGAGAUUGAACCAGCCAGCAACAAACGCCCUUCUACGGGAGAGAAUUUGCAUGGCGCGAAGAAGAAACAAUGCGUUGUUGCUUCCAAGAAAGCCAAACCCACCAAGGCUGCUGCGGAAUCCAAAGAUCCACAAAGUGUUGCAGCUAAGAAUCGAAGGGAACGGAUCAGUGAACGCCUAAAGAUACUUCAAGAACUCGUUCCUAACGGUUCCAAGGUUGAUCUUGUAACGAUGCUAGAAAAGGCAACCAGCUAUGUCAAGUUUCUUCAGCUGCAAGUGAAGGUAUUGGCUACUGAUGAAUUUUGGCCCGCGCAAGGGGGGAAAGCGCCGGACCUGUCUCAAGUUAGGGACGCCAUUGAUGCGAUUCUUGCAUCACAAAGAGACCGGAAAUCCGCUUCCAAAUGAGAUGUCAGCAGCAAAAUUUCCUUCUCGUUAAGCAUGUAGUAUUAUAUUGAGUGGAGCCUGAAAUGUGGUCUCCACUCUAUGAAAUAACAAGUUUUGAAUGCAAUUAAUCUUGAACAUGA